UAGCCAUGUGUGCGUGGCUCAUUCAGUAUUAAGCAGCUCCCGGUCUCCGGUGUCACGCAUACCCACGCGAUCAUCUUGCCCGGACCAGGAUGAGCCAGGAUCCAGUUCCUGCAGUCUCUCAGGCCCGCUGGGCUGCCCGUGGACCAGCUGGCUCUUUCUGAGGCGUUUGUUUGGCGGCACAGAGGAAAUGCAUCUGGAUAUUUCACAGGAGGCGAGGAAAGAACCCAGCGAGACAUGAAUAGAAUCUUCCAGUCUGUGGCCUUACAAGGGAAAUGUUCAUUGUGUCUGCACACGACCAUUCAAGCGUGCUGGACGGGAACUUAAACAAGACCCAAAACGGACCAUUCUGGGCUUAGAAUGAACUUCUGAAAAGCUGUGAUCAUCUGAAGGAAGGGGGGCAGGAUGGCGACGCCUCAGUGCAGCUCCAGGCAGAGCAGCUCCCUCUCGUCUUCGCCAAGCAGCAGCCGCAUGCAGUGCCUGCAGGUGGACUCGGUCCAGCGGUGGAUGGAGGACUUGCGCCACAUGACGGAGGUGGAGUGCAUGUGCGUACUCCAGGCCAAGCCCAUCGAGGUGGAGGACGACAACCAGCAGGCUGAGCUGAUCGUGGGCGGCGUGGCAGGCGCCGGGGACCACGUGGCCCGCAACAACCUGCAGACGCUCCUCCGCCGGGCCCUGGUGGUCAGCACAGAACUGGGCAAGAUGUUCCAGCGGCUGGAGAAGGGACGCUGGCAGAGGGUCCACAGCACGGCCGUGCGGGCAAACUGCCACGUGCGCUCCUUGGUGCACGAGUACAGUAGUGCGGCGCGGGGCACGCCGCCUGAGAUGCAGAAGUACGAGACGGCUCUUCUGGAGAAGUGCAUGGAGCUGACUACUAUCACCGAGAGAUGUCUGCACACCGAGGACGAGUUCUUCCUGAAAUCCAUGAGAGACGCCAUCCAUGAGAUCCUGACUGACGUCAGCGAUUCGUUCAGCAACAUGAUCGACAUGGCCUUAGCCAAUGAGAUCCAGGUUCUGAUCAAACAAGUUGAGUCUUCGGACGACGUUGACACCAUCGGCAGCGCCAUCAGCAACCUGUUGUCCCUCACCCAGGACGGACCUCAGCUGUGCAGCAUCAUCGCCAAGGAAGGAGCGGUGGUGUCGCUGUUCAAGAUCUGCAGACAGGACCGCUUCAUGGGCCUUUACGCUCACGCCCUGAGGACGGUGGCCUCCAUCUGCUGCGUGGAGGAAGGCAUCAAGCAGCUGGACAAGGUGGACGGCAUCCUGUGCCUGGCGGACAUCUUGACGGACGACAGCAGCGUGGAGGCGGCGCGGGCCGAGGCGGCGGCGGUGGUGGCUCAGAUCACGUCGCCUCACCACACGUCCACGCAGCACCUGGCCAGCUUCCUGGAGAGCAUGCACGACAUCGUCACCGCGCUCAUCGGCUUGUGCGAGAGCGCCUCCUGUGGCGAAGUCUUCCUGCUGGCGUCGGCGGCGUUGGCCAACAUCACCUUCUUUGACAGCAUGGCCUGUGAGAUCCUCCUGCAGCUCAACGCCAUCCACAUCCUGCUGCAGGCCUGCAAGGACCGCCAGAGAGUGGACACGCCCUACUCCAAGGACCAGGUGGUGACCAUCUUGGCCAACCUGUCGGUCUUGGAGCAGUGUGCUCCCGAAGUCCUGCAGGAACAAGGCAUCGAGCGUCUUCUUCUGCUGCUGGGAGAGAAGCCGUCCUCCUCCAGCCCGUCCGAGGGCGCCGCCUGCGAGCGCGUCCAGCAGAAGGCCGCCGUCACGCUGGCGCGCCUCAGCAGAGACGGCGACGUGGCCAUGAUGGCCAUCCAGCUGAAAGCUGUCCCUCGUCUUAUCGAGUUGUGUCGUUCCCCCACUGAGAGGAAUAACAGCGACUCUGUCUUGGUCGCCUGCCUGGCGGCCUUGAGGAGGCUGGCAGCAGGGUGCCCAGACAGCAUCGAGGUGUCUGACCAUCAGCAGCUGAUCAAACCGCGGCUGGUGGAUUCCUUCCUGCUGUGUUCCAACAUGGAGGAGAGCUUUGUGUGAAGCGAUGGACGCUAAAGUGCCACAUCGUCACGACUAAUGAGCAGCCGAGCUUCGACGCCGCUUUGACCUGACCGCUGCAACACGUGUACAUCAUGGACUGUAUCAUCUGUGUAAAGUAUGUGUGUGGCGCAGGGCUGGGCGAUACGGCUGAAAACUGUAUCACGAUAUCGAUAAUUAUUGAUACUUUUGAUAACCUAUGGAAAAUAGGGAGCAGGAGAAAAUAUAUUAAGUGUAAACACUUAAUAACUUCUUAUAAUAAGGAAUAUGUAAGAAAUGUUUAAUAAAGUGUAAGAAAAUAGUGACAAAACGUAAACAUAGAUGACUAUUUUCUGCAGGUUUAGUGCCAGCAAGUUACAGCUGUGCUCUAAAGGGUGAGCUCGGCUCCAGACAAUCAUCUAUUUGUUGUUAUUCCGAUCGGAGCCGUUCGAGUAUCAAAACGUUCAGCUUAAUCGGGAAUCGUGAGCCGCCCCCCCGAAAAAUGUUUUAUAGAUACUGCGGAUUACCCAGAAUUCCCGGUCCACACACUCCACUCACCUUGGACAAUCAAACUACCAUUUUCCCAGUCCAAAAAAAAAUUCCAGGAAUUCCCGGUUUUCCAAAGCCCUAUUUUCACCUGAAAAAGGUUCACAGUCCACAUGUUUUCAACCAUUCCAACAAUUCCAACAGCAACCCAUUCAAAUCAUCGAGGACAAUUGUGCCAGUAUCAAUAUUUUCCAAAAUUCACGUUUUUUUCAAAAUUCCAGGAAUUCCCGAAAUACCCAUUCUCAAUUCAAACUGUUACUACGUCAACACUUUCCAACCGAUUCCAAAAAUUCCAUCAGCAACCCAUUCAUAUCAUCCAGGACAAUUGUGUUAGUAUCAAUGUUGUUUUUUUUUAAUUCCCGGUUUUCCCGAAAUUCCAGGAAUUCCCGAAAUACCCAUUCUCAAUACAAACUGUUACGACGUCAACACUUUUCAGCGAUUCCAAAAAUUCCAACAGCAAUCCAUUCAUAUCAUCCAGGACAAUUGUGCUAGUAUCAAUAUUUUCAAAAAUUCCCAGUUUUCCCAAAAUUCCAGGAAUUCCUGAAAUACCCAUCCUCAAUUCAAAUUGUUACUAUGUCAACACUUUUCAACCCAUUCUAAAAAUUCCAACAGCAACCCAUUCAUAUCAUCCAUGACAAUUGUGCUAGUAUCAAUAUUUAAAAAAAAAUCAAUUUUUUUUCGAAAUUCCAGGAAUUCCCGAAAUACCCAUUCUCAAUUCAAACUGUUACUACGUCAACACUUUUCAACCCAUUCCAAAAAUUCCAUCAGCAACCCAUUCAUAUCAUCCAGGAAAAUUGUGCUAGUACUAAUGUUUUUUUUAUUUUUAUUCCCGGUUUUCCCGAAAUUCCAGGAAUUCCCGAAAUACCCAUUCUCAAUUCAAACAGUUACUAAAUCAACACUUUACAACCCAUUCCAAAAAUUCCAACAGCAACCCAUUCAUACCAUAGAGGAAAAUUGUGCUAGUAUCAAUAUUUUCAAACAUUCCCGGUGUUCCCGAAAUUCCAGGAAUUCUCAAAAUACCCAUUCUCAAUUCAAACUGUUACUACGUCAACACUUUUCAGCGAUUCCAAAAAUUACAACAGCAACCCAUUCAUAUCAUCCAUGACAAUUGUGCUAGUAUCAAUGUUGGGUUUUUUUAAAUUCCCGGUUUUCCCGAAAUUCCAGGAAUUCCUGAAAUACCCAUUCUCAAUUCAAACUGUUACUACGUCAGCACUUUUCAACCCAUUCCAAAAACUCCAACAGCAACCCAUUCAUAUAAUUCAGGACAAUUGUGCUAGUAUCAAUAUUUUUAGAAAAUCCUGUUUUUCCCGAAAUUCCAGGAAUUCCCGAAAUACCCAUUCUCAAUUCAAAGUGUUACUACGUCAGCACUUUUCAACCCAUUCCAAAAACUCCAACAGCAACCCAUUCAUAUCAUCGAGGACAAUUGUGCGAGAAUCAAUAUUUUCAAAAAUUCCUGGUUUUCCCAAAAUUCCAGGAAUUCCCAAAAUACCCAUUCUCAAUUCAAGCUGUUAAUACGUCAACCCUUUUAAACCGAUUCCAAAAAUUCCAACAGCAACCCAUUCAUAUCAUCCAGGACAAUUCUGCGAGUAUCAAUAAUUGAAAAAAAUCCCGCAUUUCCCGAAAUUCCCAAAUGUCCAGGAAAUUCCCAUUCAUAGUUCUACAAUGCCCAAAAUCUUCCGCCCUUUAUUUGCCCAAUUCCGACCUUUCAACCAUCCACCAACACUACUCUUCCGAUAUAUUGAACGCAAAACAUGUUUCCCCUAUACCAAAAUUCCAGAUUUUCCCGAGAUUUCCCGGAAUGAAUGGGACAUUUCUCAUCCGAUUUGAACCGACUUUAUCUUCUCACUCUAUGCAAAGAAUCAACCGCUAUACAACAAGAUGGCGCAACCAAACGUGAUAGUUGAUACUGCUACCUGAUUGGCUGUUAGCGUCUCACUCCCACUGACCAGUGAUCACUUCCUGCGUUGCUCGGUUACCAGAAAGCGAGUGCCUUUUGUUCAUACAACCGACCUUGAAUCGCAACUUCCAGUUUUUCUUCCGACGAAGAAGAAAUAAAAAUAAUCUAAAUUUUUAUCAAACACAUUUUUUAUUGGUAUCGAUUACGUCUCUUUCGCGAUAUAUAUUGAUAUCGUUUUAUCGCCCAGCCCUAAUGUAGAGUACAUUCAAUAAAUAUUUGAUCGCUGCCGAUUUCUUAAGUUGACCAUCUUACAGAACUAUAAACAUUACGCCGUUUUUAGCAUUUUUACCUGCCGUAUUUAAAGGGUCAGAUACACACUAUUUUACACUUUCGGUCCUCACACAACCUUCAAGGCACAAGAACUCUGUUGAUUUUAAAGAUGUCCUCUUGUGUCAUAUUUAUUUUAUUUGUCGCAUUCAGUACAACUGCUCUCAGUAAAAUAUGAUUGUAAGUUUUCCUGCAGCUCAACAUGUAUUGUUACUUUUACUCAUGGACAUAUCUCAUGUUUGAUUUUAGCCACGAAAUAAAGACGGCGAAGCAUCUGUA